CUCUUCUCCGACCAGCGCCAAUUCACCAUCGUUUCCCGCCAACGCCACACAUUCCUACCCACUUUCCUCCAUGUCGUUUCAAAAUCCAGCCAAAGGCCGUUUGUCAUUGUCACUGCGCUGGCCGGAACGGUGAGCGGCAAGGCCGAACCCUGCCGCGUCACCCUCUUCACCUAAAGACGGUCCACACGGGCGCUAUAUCAUCCCACUAAAUCUAGGGCUGGCCGAGCGACAUGAGCAGCCCCUUCCACACGCCGGAUCUCGAGUUUACAACCUUUUCAGCGUCGUACCUCUUCGGGGGCCUUCUUGUCACCUACAUCCUCUACCUAAGCUUAGAUCCGUUCCGGCUCCCUCUACCGUGGUCAAUCCGGCUUUGGCUCCAUCGUCUCGAGAAGAUGGCGACCGAAGCAUCCAACCAGUUAAUCCGCUACGUCCCUCCACUCCAUCACAGCGAGUCCGAAGUCGACAACAGCGCCCGUUCCGCAGACAUGGCCGGGCGUUCCGCAAGCAUGUUUGGCAACAUGUUCAAUCUGAGCUCGGAUGGCCUGAUAGGGAAGGGUAUGAGGGGCGUCACCGGUGCUUUAUCCAAAAAUUACAGAAGAAACGUGCCUGCGGGGUUAGGGAACUGGGACAACUCUUGCUAUCAGAAUAGCGUAAUCCAGGGCAUGGCGUCGCUCCCGUCGCUACGGGAGUACCUUGCGAAUAUGACGUCCAAGUACAGUGCGCUAAGCGCUGAUAGCACGAGCGGCGCCCUCUUCGACAUGAUUGAGAAGCUCAACAAUCCGGCGAAUCACGGGAAGCAGUUUUGGAUCCAGGGAUCGUUGAAGUCCAUGAGCACAUUUCAGCAGCAGGAUGCCCAGGAGUACUACUCGAAGAUACUGGAUGCGUUGGAUAAGGAAGUCAAGGCGGCGUCGAACCAGAAGCGGCGGACGAGUGUCUCUCUGUCCGUUGAUGCGGAAACUGUCAGCGAGUCGCCGAGUGCAGCAGGAUCUGAACGUGUCAUCUCUGACACCGAACCUAAGAGCCCUCUAUUACCGGAACAACCUGUGGUUGAGCCCAACCCGCUCGAUGGUCUUCUGGCUCAGCGCGUUGGCUGCGUAGAGUGCGGAUAUACAGAAGGGUUAUCCCUCAUACCAUUCAACUGCCUCACCGUACCACUAGGGCGCGGGCGGGCCUACAACAUCGGAGAGUGUCUCGACGAGUAUACGCACCUCGAGUUCAUCGAAGGCGUUGAAUGCGCGAAGUGCACACUACUCAAGAUGGAGCGUACACUCCGUGCAAUGCCAUCGGAGAAGCUGACACCGGGAAGCAUUCUUGCCAAUCGCUUCGACGCAGUACGAGAGGCACUUGAAGACGAGGAUUUUGAAGAUAAGGUCCUGAUUAAGAAGUUGGGAGUUCUUAAGAAGAACUGGGUGAAGAGCACAAAGUCCCGGCAAUCGGUGAUUGCGCGGGCUCCGAAGUCCCUUGUCAUACACAUCAACAGAAGUAUCUUUGACGAGAUGACUGGGAACCAGUACAAGAACCUGGCUAGAGUCAUAUACCCGAAGAUAUUAGACCUCGGCAACUGGUGUUUGGGCAGCCGGCCCUCCAACGACCAUCGACCUGACGAGUCUAUUGAGGAAGCCUGGCCCAGGGACCCUCAACAAUCUAUGCUCGGAGGCGAGAGAAAUAACACCAACUCACCGUUCCAAUAUACACUGCGAGCUGCAGUCGCUCAUUUCGGCAGCCACGGCAACGGGCAUUAUAUCUGCUACCGGCAGCAUCCCUUCACAACGGACAUUGAGAGUGACAGUAGUGAUGAGGAUGACGAAAGUAAAGAACAGGAGCAGUGGUGGCGCCUGAGCGAUGACAACGUCUAUUCAGUAGAGGAGAGGGAGGCGCUCGACCAGGGGAAUGUCUUCAUGUUGUUUUACGAACACUUCGAUCCGAAUGCACCACGGAAGCGGAAGAGUGAUCGCAGGAGCAAGCUGGGUGUUGCAGAUGUACCCUUACCUCCUGAGACUCUUGUGGUUUCUGUGGCUGAUGCAUUUGACGACACAGCCGCAGAGGUACCGCUUCCGGAAGAUGAUUUAGAAGAUAUCUCAACGCCUGCCGAAGCCGCCACGCCCUCUCCCGAUCGCCAGCCACAUUUCCAGAGCGGUGACGUGUCCACUGGAAGCGAGACGAAGGGGUCGGAUGACGAGGUGUCUCUUGGAACCACCACUACUUCGCAGUUACGCCAAGGGGAGGAGCCGGAAACGUCAGAGGCUGAGACCGCCAGCUGCAAUUCCGAUGGACCCCCUUCAACUCAGCUUACCAGUGAGGACGACGGAGAGGACGAUCAGCUUGGCUGUGACGCCCUCUCGCACCUACCGCGGAAGUUGUCAUCUGGUCCCGCUACUCUGAAGACCGCCAGGGAUAUCGGGUCGAAAAGCGCGGAAGACGCAGAGGCGAGCGCUCUCAUGAUUAGCGCGAAGUAGGUCUUGCGUCAAUUCCUUCGUUCAGUUGCAUGGGCCGGCGUUACGACAUUUUGGGUUUUGCUUUUUGGCAUCAUCAUAGCGUGGAGUUGGUCGGGGCGAAGGGGAAAGGUGCGAAGGUUUUCUGGUCGCACUGGAGGUUGAUCGCAUGACGUGUUAUGAACCGGUACAGGGCUUGCUAUUGGGUUGGCGACGUAUGAGCGAUCUUAGGGCUAUUCCUAGCCGCCUCUUUGAGGUUUCUCGAGAACUCUCGUUUGUGAAAGGUGUCGUCGAGUCGCGCAGCUCGUCGUCACUUUUAGCAGGAGUGCUUGUAACACACCUUCGUAAUGAUGGAAUUACCGUAAUGCUUUUGACGAGGGCUGUGGAAAGUUGAGAAUAAAGGUGCCUCUGUGAUUGCGAGUGCUUAGAGCGUGUAGCCAAGGAAUCGUACAUUGUUUGGAUGGGAUGAACCGCGCA